ACAUACACCUUGUCUAUGAUUCUGUGUCUGUUGUAAUCUCUGCUUAAAUUCAUUCUGUUUUCAUAUAUAGAAGAAAAAUAAUAUUGAUAUGGAUGAACAUAGUAUCAGUAUUAAGGAAGAGCUACCUGUUGCCUUUGAUGAGUGCGUAUUUAGUGUUAAGUUAGAAGAAAACUCAGAAACUAUAGGUGUUUCUGAACAGUUUCUAGACGAAAAUGGAUUUCAUGAAAGGGAAGAAUAUAUAAUCAAGAAUGAGGAAAGUACCUCAAACUGCUUAGUUACCAAAAUCGAUGCAAAUCAGUUAUCACCUGCUUCCAUAAAUAAAAUGCCUCAAGUACCAAAUCCUCUGAUGAAUCACUCUGAACUUUCACCUCUGGAAGAGUCUAUAGGUCACAAAAGUCUUAUGGAAAGAACUGAUAUUGGAAAAAACCUGAUAUGUGAUUAUGCCUCCUGUCAGAAAGAAUAUGGGAAAGUACCUGAGAAAUCUGUUAAUUCGAAAAUUAAGGAACAUAAGUGCUCGUUUUGUGACCAUAUUGCAACUAGAACAACUCACCUCAGAAGUCACAUGGAAUCUGUUCAUUUGUGCAUCAAGAAACACAAGUGUCACUUGUGUGAAUAUGCUUCAAAUGAUAAACAUAAACUUGAUAUGCACAUAAAAUGUGUUCAUCUGAAAAUUAAGGAAUACGAGUGUCAUCUAUGUGAUUAUGUUGCAAGUAAAAAACGACACCUUGAAGAACAUGUAAAAUUUGUUCAUUUAAGAAUUAAGGAACAAAAGUGUCACCUAUGCGAGUAUGAAACAGGUAGAAAACAAGACCUUCAGAAACACAUAAAAUUUGUUCAUCUGAAAAUUAAGGAACAUAAGUGUAAUUUAUGCAAGUUUGCCACAGGUAGAAAAAAUAACCUUGAACAACAUGUUAAUUCUGUUCAUCUUAAAAUUAAGGAACAAAAGUGUCAUCUAUGUGAGUAUGUUACAAGUAAAAAGCAAUACCUUGAUGUACAUGUGAAAUUUGUUCAUCUGAAAUUCGAAAGAAAUAGAAAAAAUAACACAAAUGAAGUUAAUGUAGUAAAAACAGAAAAGAAACCCUAGAAAUUGUUGUUGGUAAUAUGAAUAAACGUUGGUGUCAACUCGGAUUAUUUUUGAAUAAAAUUUUAUACAGGUGGGAUUAUCUCUAUUAGUUUUUGAAAAAUAUAGAUUUUUCGUCUACAUCUCAAGCAACUGUAGAACAUAAUCUCGUGAAACUGUAGAACGCCACAUGACAGUAGUAUAAUACAUAAUGGCAUAAUCUUCAUGAUCAUAAACAUACUUUAAGGAAAACAUGAAAAGAGCAGAGGGUGUCAGGUUCAGAUUUUUCACUAGAUCAAGAUUCUUGUAACAAAGUUUGUUCCCAGUUUCUUCUGAAAAAUGUAGUCUGAAAUAAAUAUAUGUAUUAUAAUAUGAAUUUGUUGAAUUAAAUAAUCAAUAAGCCAUCCAGAAUAUAGUUAUUAUAUAUUUAUGUACAAAUUUACGAAUAAAUGCAAUAGCAGUGUACCUAUAAA